AUGACGACGCGUAACGACGAUACAUCUCCCGAUGUUGCAAAAAAGACAAAAGGGAAGAGAUCCAAGCUCAAUCAGCGCCGCCCGAGCUCUCAGAAGGACGCCCCUAGGGCCGGAGCUUCCACUCACGGCCAACGGAACGUCAACGAGGAGGGAGGCGGCCCCGGACUUGCCGGAGCCCCGCAGAACGCACAUCCGAGCAACAACAUCUUUGGGUCGGGAGAUAUCGGCGACAUGGGCAACGAAUCCGACUUGGACGGGGGGUUGAUGCAGCAGGGAUCCCCAACGUUGUUGUCAGCUCUCAAGGGCUCGAGCCUACGCGCGAGCGCGUACGGGCAAGACUUCACCACGUCAUUCAAAGAAGACGACAUGAGCCUCUUGGGAGAGUUCAAGAACGCAGCUUCGCGCUUCACACAGCUAAACCCGCUCGGUAGUUCAAUCGAUGGCUUGACCGCAGAGGGUGAUAUGGGUUCGGAGGCGCUGUGGAGCUCGUUUCCUGUUGACGUUGACUCCUUCCUGUCUAGCCGAACCUCUGCACCGUAUGGAGAGUUGGGCGGGUCAGGUAGGUAUAGUGACGUCGGUGGCAUGGGGGGAGGUGCUGGCACUGGUGCGGGAACUACGAAUGCGACGGUUGGAAACGUGAACGAACGCGUCGGCGGGGGUGACGAUGCCGACAUGUUUCGAUUAGGAUCGAACCAGUACGUAUUCCAGUAUGGCGAAGGAAACGGAGGCGGUGUAGUAGCUUCUGGCGGCAGAUCAGGUGCGCCCCAGGCCUCGAUGUCGACCGGCGGUAUGUCGUUCGACUCGUCCUUCGAGAAUUUCGGCAACGAUAUGCAGCAACAACAACAUCAAGGCGGAAACAGGGGGGGGAUGCAUAUUCGAGGCGGAACCGUGCAAGGUCAGAUGCCGAUGCAACCCAACAACAGUAACACUCAGAUAAACUUCAGCGGACAGCAGCAAGGAGCGCAGGUGCGUCAGAUGAGGUAUGUCAUGCCCGGUGCCCAAGGACAAUCUGUUGGGUACAUCCCCAUGUCGUAUCAACAGCAAUCGCAGAUCCAAGGCCAGCAGAUGCAGCAAAAUGGAAUGAUGGUGCAGCAGGCAUACCAAUACUCCCAGAUGGUGCACGUCCCCUCCAACGGCUCGCUUCAACAGGCACAUCAGCAGCAUGGGCGAGGUGUGAGAAAGUUUUCUGGUGCAGGUGUUGACGAUGAUGCUGGUAAGGGAAAACGUCCCAGCUCUUCCAAAAAGACUGACGAAAAACGCAAGGCAAGCAAAGGGAAUGAUCGUACUGGGGAGCAGCCUGUCAGUAUGCCUGCACCGGGUUCUUCCAUGCUGCCGAAUCAGAUGGUUUCAGUGGGUCUCGGCAACUAUGGCAUGCAGUCGAUGCAACCCAUUCAAGGGCAACAAUUGUACAAUCGUCAGAUGAAUGCAGCCGAUCUGAUGAUGCAGCAGCAGAAUCCAGCGGUGUCGCAGAUGUAUUCUGGCUCGAGCUCAGUCUCCACAGUGAUCUCUGGGGCUGGAAUUGGCGGUGGCAGUCGCGUUGGAGGAUCGCAGAUACAAGUGCCUCAAUACGUAGUGAAUCAAAUGACGACUGAGGAGGAGGUUGGGCUGGUGGAAUUACAAGCGAUCGUUGGUAAACUCGACAAACCAACAUCAAAGAAUAUUAAGGAGAGUUUAUAUCGCCUUGCCCUUUCAGCUCGCCACCGCGGCGGCCGAUUCAGUGAUGGCAGUGGUCAUGCGCAGGCGCCGCAACCCUCAUUUGAAAAGACAAAUAGUGUCGUGGAUCGAUGCGUAGCGAAUCUUCUGUAUCACAAAUACACUGAUUCUCCUGGUGGUACCAUCGGUACACCUGAAGCUGGGCAGCAACAGCAAAACUCGGAAGGCACCGCCACAGUGUUGCAGCAGCAGAGCAGCGGUUUGGGGGGGCGAGGGGUGAAGCCUAGCGAUAUGGCUGGGCUGAACGUUCGUGGCCGCCACGGCUCCGCGUAA